GAAUCGUAGAAGAAGAGCAAGAAGAAGAAGAAGAAGAAGAAGAAGAAGAAGGAAGGAAGGAAGGGAGCAUCCGGGCCACACGACCUGCGACGGAUAGUUGCUAACAUCACCACACACACACACACAAAAAAAAAGAAAAAAAGGUUACAUAACUUCGACAAUUGUGAUUUCGCCUUAGGUCCGUGAGAUCCGCCGACCGGGAGGCGUCGAGGAGAGUCUCUUCCCCCGUGAUAGUUUCACUUCGACACGUCAUUUCAACCCAAAAUUCAACGGAUCAUCAUGGCUGAUGAUUUUGACGUUGAGGCCAUGCUGGAGGCUCCAUUCAGAAAGACUUCCCUAAUGAUAUCUCACCUCUACUCCCAUGAAUUCAUCUUUGAUUCCACUGUGAACUGUGAAAAAAAGGAAGGUAGUUAUUGUGCAUAUACUGAUGUACUGUGGUUCACCUUAGGACUAAAAGAGACUCAACCUAGAACAUCCAAUCCCUAUUCGGUUGCAACAAGGUGAAUGCCAAUGGUUGAUAAGCCCAUCUUUACCUGUCCAGCAAAGGAGGCAGUAUUCAGAUUUACAAUCACGGUUUUCUGAAUGUGCAGUCCUAUAUGACCCGUUUUCUGGAACGUCGUACACUGUGUUGCUUUUAAAAGAGAGAGAGAAAAUAUGUAUUACUGUCAUCUUGAAGUUUUAUUAAGUUGUGUUAAGAAAAAAUACUUAUCCACAAAUUGAUGAGGGAUACAUUUAUUGUGUUUGUAUCAAUCUAUAACUGUUUUAAAUCCAAUAGUUUGACGUCAGUAUUCUUGAAAAUGCAGAUAUUGCAGUUGUGGAGCGUCAUUGUGCGAAUACAUGAGCCGUGUCAUGAUUUUGUGGCAAAAUACAGGUGAACUAUUAAUUUAUCUUAUCUAAGUAAAUAUGAAUACUGCCCUCUUUGCCAUAGUCAACUGUAAAUGUGAAUCAGCAUCUUGAUUUUGCAUGCUACACGAUACCACAGAUAUUGAUUUAUAUUAUUAAAAUGACUGUAAAAAAUAGAUUUCUUCUAUCUUAGCAUCAUUGUAUAUUAUAAAGUGAGUUAAUAAUUCCUUCUGAAGUCAGAACGGUUAGAAAUAUUACUUGCAGAAAACUAAAGAUAAUGGCAGUGUAACACGUGGCUGAAUUGAUGGAUUUUAUUUAUUUUAUUUUUUUUAUAAAAAAUUCAUUUCAUUCCUUGGGCGUCAAUAUUACUAAGAAGUGUGAAUCCCUGUUUGCUUCAGGGCAAGAUGUGUGACAGAGGUGGCAUCGAGCUCUUACAGUCCAAGAACGAAAAUGGGUGAAGAUCACUGGACUGACACCAACCACACAGGAUCUCUUUUAGUGGUCGUGGGGCCACGCGUGGUCACGGGCCGUGCGUGGUCACAUGAUUAGGCACACAUAGUGGCAUUGGUACGACCUGUGAGAAGGGGGAGUGGUGGAGAUGAUCUGACUUGUGACAAAAGCUUCCUGAACUCAGCUAACAUGUUGGACGCUCUCUCAUAACUUUGCUUUUUUUUUUCUUUUCUUUUUUGGGGCAUACUGAGCAGCCUUGUUUAUUUAAAAAAAAAAAAAAAAAGGAGGGGGGGAAGUAUUUGGGGUGGUGGAAGGACACUGUCCAGGGAUGACAGUAGGACAUUUUGAAGCAUAAUUAUUAAUUGAAUACAUUCUGCAUUUUCUCUUGUCCCACCCCCCCAUCCCCCUUUUACCUUGACGACUUGCAAUGUUUCAUCUACGUCCUCAUGAUGUUCUUCUAUCAACCUUGCUUAGGAUGAGAUCAAGUCCUCUCAUGCAAACGGACAUGACGACCAAAACAAGAAGUAAAAAAAGAAGGAGCCGAACCAAGAGCCGAAGCCCGGGCUCCAGAAAGAGAAGGAGCCGAAGCAAAGACAAAAAGAAGAGCAAGAAGAGGAGCAAGAGCCGCGAGAGGAAGCGGAGCCGCAGCCGAGAGCGCCACCGCAGCGGCUCCCGGAGCAAAGAGCGCUCGGGGCGCUACAGAGCGCGCAAGAGCCCAGUCCGGAAACGUUCAAAAAGUAGGAGCCCCUUCAAAAAAGAGAAGAGUCCCAUCAGAAACUUUGAAGAUGCUAUCGGGCCAUUUAACAAAAUAAGGGAGCAACCCAUCGACAACCUAACGCCAGAGGAGCGGGAUGCUCGCACAGUUUUCUGCAUGCAGCUCGCUGCGAGAAUCCGAGCUCGAGACCUCGAGGACUUCUUCUCCGCUGUUGGAAAAGUGAGAGACGUGAGAAUGAUCUCAGACAGAAACUCCCGGAGGUCAAAGGGCAUUGCGUAUAUAGAGUUUGUGGAGUCUUCUUCUGUGCCGCUCGCUAUCGGCUUGACCGGCCAGCGGCUCCUCGGAGUUCCCAUCAUCGUCCAGGCCUCUCAGGCCGAGAAAAAUAGAGCCGCAGCCGCUGCCAACAACCUCCAGAAGGGCAGCUCGGGUCCGAUGCGGCUGUACGUCGGCUCGCUGCACUUCAACAUCACCGAAGAAAUGCUUCGAGGGAUCUUUGAGCCGUUUGGAAAGAUUGAGGGAAUCCAGCUGAUGAUGGACAGCGAGACCGGACGCUCCAAAGGCUACGGCUUCAUAUCGUUCGCCGACGCGGAAUGCGCCAAAAAGGCCCUGGAGCAGCUGAACGGCUUCGAGCUGGCCGGCCGGCCCAUGAAGGUCGGCCACGUCACGGAGCGCUCGGACUCGUCGACGGCCAGCUCGUUCCUGGACAACGACGAGCUGGAGAGGACCGGCAUCGACCUCGGCACCACGGGCCGCCUGCAGCUCAUGGCUCGGCUAGCGGAAGGAACCGGCCUGAAGAUCCCUCCUGCCGCUCAGCAGGCUCUACAGAUGACCGGCUCCAUUCCCUUCGGCAACAUGUCCGGUCCUUCAUCUCAUUCAAAUCAAAGCCAAGCGUUGAACCUCCCGUCACAGCCGCUGGCCACACACUGCCUCCAGCUGUCCAACCUGUUCAACCCACAAGCUGAAAACGACCCCACCUGGGCCGUGGAGAUCCAAGACGACGUCAUCGAGGAGUGCAACAAACACGGAGGAAUCGUUCACAUUUACGUCGACAAGAACUCGGCUCAAGGCAACGUGUACGUGAAGUGUCCCUCAAUCCCGGCCGCGAUGGCCACCGUGAACGCGCUCCAUGGACGCUGGUUUGCAGGCAAGAUGAUCACGGCUGCCUACGUGCCGUUGCCGACGUACCACAACCUGUUCCCCGACUCGGUGACGGCGAAGCAGCUGCUGAUGCCGACGCGUCGAUAGUCGUGAGGAAGGAAGGAAGUCAGUGUAAAUACAUUCGUUUUGCAGUCGUGGAAAACGGACUCAUUGAAAUUAGUUGGCAGUGUGUAAUAAAAGUUGCCUCAAAGUUCACGUGUUCACAAUUGAAUAUUAGGCUCUUUUAAUUUCUUUUUUUCUGAGUUGCUUUUCAAAUAUUUUUUUUUUUUCCGUGGGUUUGUGCUGUAAAACUACCACCGAGAAGUAAUCUGCAGUUAUCUUACUGGUCUGUAUGUUUUUAAAUAUUCAUGUCUUAUCUGCUUGUUUAAAAAUCAACAGUUUUAGAUUUAAAAAAAAAUAAAUUGCAAAGAGUUACAAAAAAAACAAAACUGUGUUGGGUUAAUAAUAGGCCUUUAAAUGCCAAAAGUAUAUAUCAAUGUCAACAAUAAUCCUUUGUAACUUUUUACAGCCAUAAUUUCAUUUUUUGUAUGAAGGCUCCCAAUAAACUUU